AUGGCUCCCCAGAAAGCCUCGGAACUGCUGGAGGGGCUUGGCAAGCGCCUAGAAUCAGAGGAGGAACUGAGGAAGAGCCUGUGUGCUUCUAUCAAGUCUGUUGUCGUGUUCGUCAUUGACAAGGAGGAGUGGACUCUGGACCUGCGGCCUGGGCAGGGCUCCCUGUCCAAGGGCAGCCCCGCUGAGAAGGCGGACCUGACACUGACCAUCAACGGAGCCAACUUUGUGCAAUUGGUGAACGGCAAGCUGGGCGCCCAGCAGGCCUUCUUCAUGCGCAAGCUGAAGAUCUCUGGGUCCAUGGGCCUCGCCAUGAAGCUGCAGCCCAUCCUGGAUGCCGCGGCAGAGCCCAGCGCCAAGCUGUAG